AUGCUCUGCUUUUCAGAUAACACCAUCCAGUCGAUUUUCUGCUGCUGCUGUUGCUGUUCAGUGCAGAAGCGACAAGUGAGAACGCAAAUAAGCCUGAACAGAGAUGAAGAGCUUUCAGAAAAACAGAGGUCACGAUUCUGCGAGCUGCCCGGCAAGAAGCAUUCCAACCGAGUCUGUCUGCAGCCAUCGAAGCGAAAGCCACUGCCUCCUCUUCCCGUCUCUGAGGAUGCUGAUGAGAUGAUCCAAGUCAAGGCACUUUAUGACUUUCUGCCCAGAGAACCUUGCAAUUUGGCGUUAAAGAGAGCAGAAGAAUACUUGAUACUGGAGAAAUAUACUCCUCACUGGUGGAAGGCAAGAGACCGCUUGGGGAAUGAAGGCUUAGUACCAAGCAACUACGUGACUGAAAACAAGCUAACCAAUUUAGAAAUAUAUGAGUGGUACCAUAAAAACAUUACCAGGAACCAGGCAGAAUGGCUAUUAAGACAAGAGGCUAAAGAAGGUGCAUUUAUUGUCAGAGAUUCAAGACACCUGGGAUCUUACACAAUUUCUCUCUUUGUACGAGGUAGAAGACAUUCUGAGGCUGCCAUCAAACAUUAUCAAAUUAAGAAGAAUGACUCAGGACAGUGCUAUGUGGCUGAAAGACAUCUCUUCCAAUCAAUCCCUGAGCUGAUCAAGUAUCACCAGCACAAUGCCGCUGGUCUCAUGACACGUCUCCGCUAUCCAGUUGGGCUGAUGGGGAGCUGUCUGCCAGCCACAGCUGGUUUUAGCUAUGAGAAAUGGGAGAUUGAUCCCUCUGAGCUGGCUGUUAUAAAGGAGAUCGGAAGUGGUCAGUUUGGGGUAGUCCAUUUAGGUAAAUGGCGAGCACACAUCAAGGUAGCGAUCAAGGCCAUCAACGAAGGCUCCAUGUCUGAAGAGGAUUUCAUUGAAGAGGCUAAAGUGAUGAUGAGGUUAUCUCAUUCAAGACUUGUUCAGCUGUAUGGAGUCUGUAUACAGCGGAGGCCCCUUUAUAUUGUGACAGAGUUCAUGGAAAAUGGCUGCCUCCUGAAUUACCUCAGGGAAAGGAAAGGCAACCUCAGAAAGGAAGUGCUGCUGAGCAUGUGUCAGGACGUAUGUGAAGGAAUGGCGUAUCUGGAGGAAAACUGCUUCAUCCAUCGAGAUUUAGCGGCAAGAAAUUGUUUGGUCAGUUCCACACGCAUUGUAAAAAUUUCAGACUUUGGAAUGACAAGGUAUGUUUUGGAUGAUGAGUAUAUCAGUUCUUCUGGGGCCAAAUUCCCAGUCAAGUGGUCCCCUCCUGAAGUUUUUCAUUUCAACAAGUACAGCAGCAAAUCUGAUGUCUGGUCCUUUGGCGUUCUCAUGUGGGAAGUUUUUACAGAAGGCAAAAUGCCUUUUGAAGACAAGUCAAAUUUACAAGUUGUGGAAGCCAUUUCUAAAGGCUUCAGGCUAUACCGUCCUCAUCUGGCACCAAUGUCCAUAUAUGAAAUCAUGUACAGCUGCUGGCAUGCGAAACCCCAAAGCCGCCCUACAUUCGCUGAGCUGUUGCAGAUUCUUGCAGAGAUUGCAGAGAUCUGGUGA